UCAUGGUGGUGUACUCUGUGAACAAACUGUCACGCAUGAUGACAGCUGUUGUAAAAACUGUGCUUUUUGUUUUCAUCUUGUUUGCAACCCUUCUUUCUAAUCUCUUCCACUUUCACGAAAACGAAAAACACGGCAUCUGCGCAAAAAAUGCGCGUAUUUUAUCCGCAUGGCUAGUCUGAAUGUCGCAGAAUGGACGCCGGAUCAGGUGGCGGAGUGGUUGUCAGGGCUGGGGCCGCCGGUGGCGCGCUACGGGCCGGCGCUGCGCGCGCGCGGGCUGGACGGGCGGCGCCUGCUGCUGCUGCGCUGCGACGACCUGGAGCACCUCGGCCUGCGCGUCAUCGGCCACCAGGAGCUGCUGCUGGAAGCCGUUGAACAUUUGAGGAACUUCCAAUACGAGUCGCGGCGCGAGUGCGUGCAGCAGCUGGCGGCGCGCGUGUCGGGCGCGGCCACGGCGCUGGCGCGGGCGCUGCGCCGCGCGCCCGACGCGCGCCUCGACACGCAGGCGCUCGCCGACGUCGCCGCCACCGUGCGCGCCGUCAAGCCGCUCGUCUGCUGGCUCGACAGGUGGCCGCUGCUGGGCGGCGUGCUGGCGGAGCGCAAGGCGCAGCUGCUGCAGCUGGCGCUGGAGGCGGCCACGAGCGCGCAGCGCGACCGCUUCGCCGAGCAGCCCGCGCGCGCCGUGGCCGCCGCCGCCGCCGCCGCCGCCGCCAGCGCCGACUACAUCGUGCAGGACGUGUCGGACCCGAUGAUCCUGCAGCCGGCGUCGCUGGACGCGGUGACGCUGCGGCAGGGCGCCAAGCCGCUGGGCUUCACCGUCGUGCCGUCCUUCUGCGGCCACCACCAGCUCGCCGACAUCCGCUUCGGCUCGCCCGCGCACGCCUCGGGCGCCGUGCACGACGGCGACGAGAUCGUGCAGGUGGGGUCGCAGUGCGUGAUCGGCUGGAGCGGCGAGGCGGUGCUGGCGCUGUGCGGCGCGAGCGGCGCCGAGCUGGCGCUGCGGCUGCGGCGCCGCGCCGCGCGCCCGUCCGCCCUCGCCGCGCCGCCGCUGCUGCGCGCGCGCUACCGGCUCAACCACCUGCCGCUGCGCCGGGACAGCUUGAUGUCGACGGUGCGCAGCGUGCGGCCGGCGCCGGCGGAGAGCGCGCCGCCGCCGCACUCGGCCGCGUCGUCGUCCGACGAGAGCGAGCCGCUGUCGCCGCCCGCCUCGCCCGACCACCUGCACCUGCCGCACACCCGAAUUUUCCCGCCGAAGCCGCGCUCCGCCGUCCAACGCCGCCACACGAUCAGCUGCGGCAGCCCGCUGUCCAAACGACCGAACCUUCCGAUCGACCAGUUCUGGCGUCAACUGCGGGAGCACAAGUGGGAACGAGGCGACCCGUCGGAUCGCGACGACUCGACCCUCUAUCGACGAGAUAAGGCGGUGUCGUACAGCGCGGGGCUGGAGCGCGCGCCGCGUGCCGCCCUGCUGCGCGCGCCCGCCCUGCCCGCGACCGCCGCGCCCGCCCCCGCCCCCGCCCCCGCGCCCCCGCCCGUGCCCGCGCGCGAUCCGGCCGGCGGCACGAGCGGCGCUCAGCGCGGCCGCCUGGACAAGAGCCACUCCACGCCCGCGUACGACUGCGACGACGCCGCGCCCGCGCCGCCCGCCGCGCCCAUCCCCGAGUCGCCGCCGCCCGCCGCCCCCGCCACCCCCGCUACCCCUGCCACGCCCGGCGACAGUCCGACGAUAUUCGUCCACUCCGCCGAGAAAGCGGAUCAAAUAUUGGACUUCAAGAAGUCGAGCUCCCAAAUCGGGGAGGCGAUCCUCCAGCAGCGCAGCCGCCGCGCCGCCGACGAGCCCGAGCACGACGCGCCCGAGCCCCGCCGCCGCUCGCUGCUCGCGCCCGCCGCGCCCAGCCCGCCGUCCAGCGGCGACGAGCGCCGGGCGCCUCCCAGACGGGCGCGGCUGGAGCGCGCGCCGUCGCCGCCUGCGCGGCCGGCGGGCGGCCCGGCCUACCCCGUGCUGCGGGCCGUGCCGCGCGAGCCCGCCGCGCCGCCCGCGCCGCACCGCCCCGCCAAGCUGCACGCCGGCCAGAUAUCCCUGCCGCUCCGUCACAUAACGAAGCACGACAUCAAGGUGAUCCCGAGCGAGCGCCGGGAGCUGCCGCCCAUCAACGCGGAGGCGGAGGCGCCGGCGGCGGACGGCAGGCCGGAGCGGCCCGACGGCAGGCCCGAGCGGCCCGACGGCAGGCCCGAGCGGCCCGACGGCAGGCCGGGCGGGCGCAAGGACAGCGGCUCGGAGGGCGAGCCGCGCGGCCUGACGCUGUCGCCGUCGGCCGCCGCCGUCAAGAGUAUAUUCCCCACCUCCAAGUCGAGGAGUUUGAAGAAAAAGAAUUCCAUCCUUGCGAUGUUCGCCACCGUGGUGGUGGGAGAGUAG